CAAAUCGACGAUCUCCGUUAAGUUCAUUUCCUCUAGUGGCAUGACGUAGGUGGGGGAGGAAGAUAGGGAUCAACUAUGGAACGAGCUGAAGAUGCAACCGUAUAACGGUACCGGCUGAUAGAUAGCUGAACUCUUUGUUCACAUCAAAAAAAGUGGAGGACCCGAAGAGACAGACAAAAAUACAGACAUGCAGUUCAAAUACAGAAGGCACUGAUUUAUUUUUAUAGGAUAUUUUUCUGUGCUCCUUCAAGGGCUGGGUCCGUUAACGCUGUUGUUGGCGGAACCGGCUGGCCAAGAUGUCUGUGGAAGAACAGGAAUAUCCCGAGGCGACUCUGGUGGCAGAGGCCGGGCCGCAGUGGUUUCGGGCGGAAUUAGAGCGCCUAUCCCGGGAGCUGAGCGAGACGACUCAUGAGAAGAUCCAGGCGGCGGAAUACGGGCUGGCGGUGCUCGAAGAGAAGCAACAGCUCAAACAGCGUUAUGACGAGUUAGAGACCGAGUUCGAGACUGUUCGGCAUGAACUCGACCAACUGAAGGAGGCAUUCGGCCAGGCCUACUCCACCCAUAGGAAGGUGGCUGCAGAUGGGGAGAGCAGGGAGGAGUCACUAAUGCUGGAGUCAGCCAGUAAGGAGGCCCAUUACCAGCAGAUGGUCCUGGAGCUGCAGAACGAGCUGCGGUUGGCCAGGACUGCCCUCACCAGCAACCAAUCAGAGAAUGAGCGCCUGGCCUCCGUUGUCCUGGAGAUGAGAGAGAGUUCUGAACUGGUGGAGCUGCAGCGCAGCCAACUGCGUGAUGACAUCAGAGAGUAUAAGGUGCGAGAGGCACGCCUGCUGCAGGACUAUAGUGAGCUGGAGGACGAGAACAUCUCCCUGCAGAAACAGGUGUCCCUGCUCCGACAGAGCCAGGUGGAGUUUGAGGGUCUGAAGCAUGAGAUCUGUCGUCUGGAGGAGGACUCCCAGUGCCUCCACAGCCAGUUGGAGGAGGCCAUGCGCCUGCGGGAGAUCGCCGAGCGCCAGCUGACCGAGGCUCUGGAGACCAUUAAGACUGAGCGCGAGCAGAAGGCCGCCCUGCGUAAAGAACUGUCCCACUACAUGACCAUUGGGGACAACCUGUUACCGUACCACCACAGCCCCCUGAACAUCUCCCUGGACGGCUUCAAGUUCAGCGAGGAUCCCACUGCUGCCACCAACGAACCCAACAAUGAUGACUCGUUCCAUGGCUAUGAGAACGGCCUGGCUAAGAUGGCUGCUGACUGCAACGAGGAUAACAGAGCCAAGCUCCGGCCCGCCCCCAGCCUAGUGGAUGACCUGCUGAGUGAACUCAACAUCUCAGAGAUCCAGAAACUUAAGCAGCAGCUCAUGCAGGUUGAGCGGGAGAAGGUAGCACUACUUUCCUCCCUGCAGGAGGCCCAGAAGCAGCUAGAGGUGGCCCACGGGACUCUGUCUGAGCAGCAGGAGAUAGUAGGACGUCUCACCGAGAACCUCAGCGCCAUGAGGAAACUCCAGGCCAGCAAGGAGCGCCACUCAGCCAUGGACAGCGAGAAGGAGCGUGACAGCCGUGACGAUGGUGACGGGGACUACUACGAGCUGGACAUCAACGGGCCUGAGAUCCUGCAGUGUAAGUACACAGUGGCUGUGUCCGAGGCCGGGGAGCUCAGACAGGAGCUUAAGACUCUUAAAGCAGAGUACCAGUCAUGCCGGAGCCAGUACGAGGAGGAGCGAGCCCACCUGGAGAGCAACGUGGCAGGGCUGAGCGAGAAGCUAGCUUCCCUGGAGAAGAGCAGCCGGGUGGAGCACGAGGAGAUGGAGCGCCUGGAGAAGGACCUGCGGCGGGUGAGCGAGUCGGCAGGCGAGUCGCAGGGAAGUCUGAACGUGGCGCAGGACGAACUGGUGGUGUUCAGUGAGGAGCUGGCCAACCUCUACAACCACGUGUGCAUGUGCAACAACGAGACGCCCAACCGGGUCAUGCUUGACUACUACAAGGAGGGCAAGGCCAGCGUAGGUGGCGGGGGCGGCCGGGAGGGGAAAGGACGACGUCUGUCCCACGUUCUGCUCUCCAACGGGCUGGUCCCUGAUACUGACCCCAGUAAACCUGAAGCCAAUGACCCAGCCGCCCCAGCCCCAGAAUCCCGCCCAGAGCCUAUGAACAUCUAUAACCUGGUGGCCAUCAUCAGGGACCAGAUCCGUCACCUGCAGCAGGCGGUGGACCGCACCACAGAGCUGUCCCGCCAGAGGAUGGCCACCAUGGAGCUGAGCACCGUGGCUGAUAAGGACAGCGAGGCCUGCAUGGGGGAGAUCCUCAAACUCAAGUCCCUCCUCAGCACCAAGAGGGAGCAGAUCGCCACCCUGAGGACCGUGCUCAAAGCCAACAAACAUACGGCUGAGGUGGCGCUGGCCAACCUGAAGAGUAAAUACGACAACGAGAAGACCAUGGUGAGGGAUACCAUGUUGAAGCUCCGCAACGAGCUGAAGGCUCUGAAAGAAGACGCUGCCACCUUCUCCUCACUACGGGCCAUGUUCGCAACAAGGUGUGAUGAGUACGUAACUCAGCUGGACGAGAUGCAGAGACAGCUGGUUGCGGCGGAGGACGAGAAGAAGACCCUGAACUCCCUGCUCCGCAUGGCCAUCCAGCAGAAGCUGGCCCUGACCCAGCGUCUGGAGGACCUGGAGUUUGAUCAUGAGCAGGCGCGCCGUGGCGGGGUUACAGGAGCAACGACGAGCAGUCGGGGCAAGACCUCCUCGUCGGCGCGGGGCAAAGGGGCCUCGGCCAAUCAUCACUAAUUUAAUCAAGCCGUGUCCUUCAAAGGUUGACAGUCAGCUUGCCGAUGAUUACUUCAGUGUCCCCUCCUGGCCUGAGACAAAUGUCAGAGACACGUACUGCUGUAGUGUGAGG